AAAGUGAAAGUGGAAGCUACACGAAUGCAGGUUAAACACCCUACUGUAAAAUUGCAGACAAAGCCAAGCACAGCGAAGCUCAAGCUCGGCAAAUGUUGGUGAAGCUUUGCCUGGUUUGGACACUUUUGACUAUAUUAAGCUCGGCGUUGCAGAUAAUAGCCAUUGGGGUGAACUGGGGAACCUCUGCUUCCCACCCUCUUCCACCUACCAAGGUGGUGGAGCUGCUUAAGUCCAACAACAUCAGUAAAGUGAGACUCUUCGAUGCGGACCCUCUCGUUCUUACGGCUCUCUCGGGCUCUCGGAUCGAUGUCACGAUUGGCAUUCCCAAUUCGAUGCUGAAAAGCUUGAAUUCAUCGAAGAAGGUGGCGCAGAGUUGGGUGCACGAUAAUGUCACUCGCUUUUCUACUAAUGGUGGAGGAGUUCAAAUCGAGUACAUUGCUGUUGGAGAUGAGCCAUUCCUUCAGAGCUAUGGAGAAGAAUUCCAACCCUUUGUCGUAGGGGCAGUGACAAACAUCCAAACAGCUCUGGUUGAAGCAAACCUAGCAGCCAAGGUAAAAGUUGUGGUUCCAUGCAGUUCCGACGCUUACCUGUCAGAAUCUGGUCUACCAUCAAAAGGGCAUUUCAGGCCUGACCUCAACAAAACGAUGAUCCAGCUCUUAACAUUUCUCAGCAAGCAUCAUUCCCCUUUCUUUGCGAAUAUCCAACCUUUCUUGAGUCUCCACCAAAACAAGAACAUCUCCCUUGCUUCUGCGCUAUUUGAAGCAACUGCACAUCCUCUUAUUGACAGCCAUAAAACGUACAAGAACAGCUUUGAUAUUAGCUUUGAUACUCUUGUUGCGGCGUUGUCUCGAGUUGGAUUUCCUGACUUGGAUAUUGUCGUUGGGAAGAUCGGAUGGCCCACAGAUGGAGCCAUGAAUGCCACCUCUGCCAUUGCUCAGACCUUCAUGCAAAGCCUUGUGGACCAUCUUCAAAGCAAAGUGGGGACCCCGCUCAGACCCAGGAAGCCUCCAACGGAGACAUACAUCUUCAGCCUUCUAGAUGAAGAUCAAAGAAGCAUAACCAACGGGAAUUUUGAGAGGCACUGGGGUGUUUUCACUUUUGAUGGUCAGGCAAAGUACCACAUGAAUUUAGGCCAAGUCUCCAGAAACCUGGUCAAUGCGCACAAUGUUGAAUACCUUUCUGCCAAAUGGUGUGUUGUAGACAACAACAAAAACCUAUCGAAUGUAACUGCCAUUGCCCAAGAUGCAUGUUCUGUUGCCGACUGCACAGCACUAUCACCGGGAGGCUCUUGCUUCAAUAUCAGUUGGCCUGGGAAUGUAUCUUACAUAUUUAAUAGCUACUACCAGCAGCGUGACCAAAAGUCAGACAGCUGUGAUUUUGGUGGGAUGGGUUUGAUCACAACUGUUGACCCUUCAGUAGACAAUUGCAGGUUUGCCGUUCAGCUACAUACAGUUUCAGCUUCCCCAAGUAGGAGUGUGCUUGUUUGGUGGACAUUUCUCACUCUGUCCAUUUCCGUAUCUUUUCUUGGAUUUAUGCAUGGUUCCAUGUAGCUGACUUUAUUUAUGGGAUAAGGCUGAGUUAUUGUUGUUACGCAGUAUAAGCAAACUGGUUAUCAUUAUCUUCCAAUCCUUUGCAGUUAUUACAAAUUGGUUGAGAGAUUAAGUUGCAUGA